AUGUCCAAACGUGCAGCAGAAGACGAUGAGCCACAAGCCCUGAAGUCGGGUGAUCGGCCUGUGGCGGAUGCUGGUUUGGCGGACGGUGAAGAAUUUGWAGAUGAAUUUGAAGACGAGUUUGAAAGCGAGGACGAAAUUCUGGAAGCGGGCGUCGAUGGCAGACCAGAUGAAGAGCGCGAGGCUGAGGAAAAGGCUGCUGGAGCCAUGGAGGUAGACCAAGAGACAUUCAUUCCAGGAAGACAUAAACUGGAAGCCGGCCAGACUCUUUCACCAGAUCUUUCAACCUACGAAAUGCUGCACACACUCGAACCAACAUGGCCAUGUCUCUCUUUCGACAUCCUCAAGGACGACCUAGGUGACAACCGCAAAUCGUACCCAGCAACAGUCUACGCUGUAGCAGGUACUCAAGCCGCCCCAGACCGAGCAAAGGAAAACCAAAUCAUGGUCAUGAAACUUUCCGGUCUCUCCCGCAACGAAAAAGCCGCCAACAUCGAUUCAGAUGAUGAGGACGAAGACGACGACGAGCAUGGCGACUCCGUUCUCGAAACCAAGACGAUCCCUUUGAACAGCACAACGAACCGUAUCCGCGCUCACAAAGCUCCCCAAGCAAAUUCAUCCUCUCCAGGACCAACACUCGUAGCCUCAAUGCAGGAAACUGGUGAUGUCCUUAUCCACGAUGUAACCCCUCAUCUUCUAUCCUUCGACACACYAGGCUACCAACUCCCCACCAACGCCAACAAACCUCUUUGCACCAUUCGUGCACACAAGAAAGCCGAAGGCUACGCACUGGACUGGUCACCCAAAGUCGAAGCCGGCAAACUCCUGACAGGCGACUCUGCGGGCAAGAUCUUCACCACAACCCGCACAGAUGGAGGCGGUUUCGUCACAGACACCAAUGCCUUCACCGGCCACACAGGAAGUGUAGAAGAAGUACAGUGGUCCCCCAGCGAGCGAAACGUCUUUGCCUCAGCUUCCAGCGACGGGACAGUCAAGAUCUGGGACGCACGAUCCAAAUCUCGCACCCACGCCAUCUCAGUAAAGGUCUCCGACAGUGACGCCAACGUUCUCUCCUGGUCACAUCAAACAGAUCAUCUCCUCGCCUCUGGACACGAUGAUGGAACCUGGUCGGUUUGGGACCUCCGACAAUGGAAGUCUCCAGACACGGCUGCGAAGAGUAAACCCGUGGCGAACUUCAACUUCCAUCUAGGACAGAUUACGAGUCUGGAGUGGCAUCCUACUGAUGAUUCGAUUGUGAGCGUCUGUGCGGGAGACAAUACGCUGACGCUGUGGGAUUUGGCUGUGGAGUUGGAUGAUGAGGAGAGCAGAUACACGGCAGAUGUGAAGGAUGUGCCGCCGCAGCUGUUGUUUGUGCAUUACAUGGACCAGGUCAAGGAGUGUCACUGGCAUCCGCAGAUCCCAGGAACAGUCAUGGCGACUGGUGGGAGUGGUUUUGGCGUGUUCAAGACAAUCAGCGUGUAG